UUGCGCAGAUACUUCACAACCAGGAUGUAUUACAUGAUGUGAAUGUAGGAUGACAUUCUAAUAAUAAGAACUCCCCUCACUCAUAUACGUUUCAUUACCAAGCUGCGUGCCGCCAUAUUGUUGGAAUAUAACUGAAUGCAGUGUAAAACAACUAAACACCAAGCUGUGUGAACAGUGAGUUCAGAUAACAACGUUUCGCAAUAAGGAUCAACGAGGACAGUGUCAAACAACGAAGUAACUGAAUCAAAUGAAGCAGACACCAUGGAGGGAAAAAACACGUUAUCCACUGUAUCUCAGAACAAUCAUCCAUUGUCCGAUGAUGCAGAAUCCUCUAACCAUUCCAUCUGUUGUUCCCAGAGAUUAAUUGUGGUGUUCAUGGUAUUUCUCGGGUCAGUCAUGGUUGAGUCCAAUAGGUCCAACCUCAGCGUGGGCAUCGUCUGCAUGGUCAACGACACCGACAUCAACAACAUUAAUGGCACAACAACUACAGUACAGUCAGAGCAUGCGGAGUUCUACUGGUCCAAGACAGAACAAGCGGGAAUUCUCAGCUCCUAUUACUAUGGUUACAUGGUAGCACAGUUCCCCUCGGGACUGCUGGCUGCGAAAUAUGGCGGGAAAUACGUCAUGUUAACUGGGAUGCUGAUUGGCUCGAUCGCCUCGUUGCUUCUACCAAUCGGCGCUCGGACCUCCAUGUACCUCGUGUAUGUGCUGCGAGUGAUUCUGGGAUUGGCCAUGGGAGUCUAUAAUCCGACUGCGCAGGCCAUGCUUGGUCGAUGGGCGCCGCCAUCGGAGAGGACUUUACUUGUAGCUAUCUGCUACGCAGGUUUUCCGUUUGGAAUCAUAGCCACUUUCACGAUAUCAGGAUUCCUGUGCAUCUAUGGAUUCGAUAACGGCUGGGGGUCCGUCUUCUAUGUCCCAGGAGCUAUAACACUGUUAUGGUGCUUCCUGUGGUGGCUAACGAUCGCCAGCACGCCGGCACAACAUCCUCGGAUCUCCAAGAGAGAGCGGAAUUACAUCAUACGUAGUUUAGGAGAGAAAACGCAGCGGAAUUACAAAACGCCAUGGUCGGACAUCUUAAAGUCAAGGGCAAUGUGGGCGUUUGUAACGGGACAUAUCUGUCUCGCGUGGCUACUUUACAUUCUGACUACCAACACACCUACGUUUCUUAAAGAGGCCCUGCACUUCGAUAUAGAAGAGAACGGCUUGUUGUCUUCGGUCCCCUCGCUCUGUCAAUUCGUGUUUGGGUUGCUGGGUGGUCAUCUCUCCGACUUCCUCCGGUCAAGGAAAUACCUCAGCACUACAUCCGCUCGGCGGAUAUUUCAGACAAGCGCAUUCCUCGGGGCAGGUAGCUGCUUGAUAGGCACAGGCUUUAUGGACGCGGAGAGACGUUAUUACGCAGUAUUUCUGCUAUCGGCCGCGAUGUCAUUUUUGGGUUUGGGGUCGUCAGGGGUCCUCGUCAACACUACCGACUUUGCUUCAAGAUACGCUGGAAUAUUGUUUGGCUUUUCUAACACCAUUGCAACAACGACGGGGAUGUUAGCACCAAUCCUUGCGGGCGCCCUAACACCCAAUAAAACCCAGGAAGAAUGGCGGAAUGUCUUCUACGUGUGUGCUGGAGUCUGUGUCCUGGGAACUGUGGUGUUCGGAACAAUGGCCCAAGGGGAGCCGCAGCCUUGGGCCGAGGAGAAGACGGAGGUGGUGGUGGAGGAGGGGCAUGGUGUUCCUGGGGGCUCGAACAAAGAUGUCCAAAAUGCCAAGCUUGAACAGAACACGACAUACUGCUCAACCCAUCUAUAAAUGGUGGUUCAGACAGUCCUGUUCAAGACAUUCUAGGGUAUUCUAGGACAUUCCAGGACAUUCUUCGUCCACAGCUCGACCAUUUUCUACUUCUUGGAAUAUCCAAAUAUAUCUCAGCUCGUUGGGGAUAUAUCGAGAAGUAACGUGUAGAUAACUAGUAACCAACAAUAAAAAUGUAAUGUCGUUGCUUA